GCGCUCGACUAAACAUGGAGGACACGAAAACGAAGUCCGGGACUCACAUUUCAAGCUUAUUUCCCGAGAUUCUGGCUAUGAUAUUUCAAUAUUUGGACAUUAAGGAUAAAGGAAGGGUAGCCCAGGUUUGUGUUUGUUGGAAGGACGCUUCUUAUAAUCGUAUGGUGUGGAGAAACGUGGAAGCUAAACUUCAUUUGCGUAAAGCAAACCCCUCUUUGUUUCCCAGUCUAUGUAGGCGUGGGAUAAAACGAGUUCAAAUUCUAAGUUUAAGACGAAGUUUGAGAGAUGUUGUUUUCGGGAUACCUAACUUAGAAAGUUUAAAUUUGAGUGGAUGUUAUAAUGUUACUGACGCUAGUUUAGGAUACGCUUUCACACAGGAUAUUUCUUCAAUGACAGUGUUGAAUCUAAGCUUGUGUAAACAAGUGACUGACAACAGUUUGGUCAGAAUAGCCCAGUAUUUGAAAAACUUAGAGGUGCUAGAAUUGGGAGGGUGUUGUCACAUUACAAAUACCGGUCUAUCUUUAAUUGCUUGCAGUUUAAGAAAGUUAAGACAGUUAAAUUUAAGGAGCUGUCGACAUGUUUCAGAUCAAGGCAUAGGGCAUUUAGCUGGGCUGAAUCAACCCUCAUCGGUCAGCGAAGACUUAGAAAAGACUGGUAAUGCGCGACUCGAAUAUCUCGGUUUACAAGACUGCCAAAAGUUAACGGACCAUGCACUAAAACAUGUCAGUUUGGGACUGUGUCAUCUUAAAACAAUUAAUUUAAGUUUUUGUGGUAGUGUGACUGAUAGUGGUAUUAAAUUUCUCUCUAAAAUGACAAACUUGCGGGAGUUAAAUUUAAGAAGUUGUGAUAAUAUCAGUGACACAGGGUUAGGAUUUUUGGCAGAAGGGGGCUCAACGAUUGUGGCCCUGGAUGUGAGUUUUUGUGACAAGGUGGGGGAUCAGGGUUUAGUGUUUCUGUCUCAAGGCAUGUUUAAUUUACGGAGCCUGAGUUUGAGUGCGUGCAAUAUUAGUGACGACGGUGUGCAGAGAUUAGUGAACAGCUUACACGAACUAACAACACUUAAUAUAGGUCAGUGUGGCCGAAUUACAGACGUGAGUUUGAGUUUAAUUGGUGAAAAACUAAAACAAUUAAGAUCUAUUGACCUAUAUGGCUGUACUCAAAUAACCACAGUUGGUUUAGAGAAAAUAAUGAAACUGCCAGGAUUAACGACUUUAAAUUUAGGAUUAUGGCACAAACGGUGAAGAGUGUCACAAUUUUAUUCAGUGGAUGAAUAAUAGACUAUGUACAAAUGACUUGAGUGAUAACUGCUGGAACAUGCUUUACUUUCAGUGUCUUAAUAUUACUGUCUAACAGGAUAAUUAAAACGUGUAUUAAUUAAGAUGUAAAUACAUGUAACAUAUCAUGACAUGGUUUAAGAUAUUUUUAUCCGAUUAAUUAACUAAAAGCUGUACAAAAUAUAUAAGUAUAAGUAGUGCCACAUUUGAUUAAACUAUAUACAUGUACUUGUAAGUAAUUUGUCCAUCUGUAAAUAUAAUAUAUAUAUAUAAAUCAAAUGUACACCAUAUCCAAAGGUCAUUGUUAGAGUUAUCAUGUAUGCCUUAAGCCGACAUAUAUAAGUGUACAUUUAUGUAAUUUCGAAAAUCCAUGCCAAUGUGAUAUUCAAAGUAUAUGCCAUGCCCGGGGAUGACGAAAAAUUGCGUUAAGAAUAAGAUGCAUUAUUUAAGAUUCAGAUAAAUAAUAGCUCGCCGUUCUUGCUAAAAAAAUUUCAAAAAAAGGUAAUUACUUUAUUCCGAGGGAAGUUAUCUGUACUUGAAGUUCUGACAAGCUGUAGUAUAGACUGUCUAUUAUGGUAGUAAUGAUACUUGACAAUGGAGACUCAAUCCAGAUUCACCAUUUUUAAAUUGAAUUAUUAAAUGGCGAUCGUGUUUCAAUCCAUUUAAAUCUCGGACAUCCGAUGAUCUAGAUAAUUGAUUAUAGACUCUUGUCACGUGAAUGCAUAUCUAAAUAAUAGUUUAUAUAACAUUAAAAGCCAAAAUAAAGACCUGCAAUAGGCAUCUUAUAGUGUGAUAAAAAUUUAGCACAUAAAAUUUCAUCAUGUUAUAAGAUUACAUUUAAUUAUAUUCGCCUACGUGUUGCAAGGAUAAUAAAAUAUCAUAAAUAGAAGUAGGCAUAACGCAACAAUGUUAAAAAACAGUAUACAUGUAGUAUGAUAAAUUCAAAUAACGUGACCCAAGUAAAUUCUCAUUUUUCAUUAUAAUAUAAUAUAUUAAGCUAUUUUGAAUUAUGAGGUUAUAUAUGAUCAAGCCGUAGUUUUCUUAAGAAAAAAACUGAGGAAAAAAAACGGCUUUGCUACUAACCUCCUCCUACGCAAGAAAACAGUUCAGUUAUCAGGUUAUUAUUUUAUUAACAAUGUAAAAUGUACAUUCAAAACUAAUGACAAGGGCUUGAUUUUUUUAAGUAACAUAAAUAAUCUUCUGUCUUGCAUUUAAUUAAAAUAUUUUAUUCUUAAUUAAAUUUCUAAUUAAAAGCCCCUGGAGACAUGGUGAUCUUCUAUUGCAUUUACAUAGAAAAAAUAUAUAUUUGUAGGUUCUAUCCUAUUAGUGACGUGUUAUGCAGUUACUGUUUCUAAAACAUCUGAUUCCACUUCUCAUGUCAGACGUGCACAUACAUGUAGCUAACAUUUCGUGUGUUGUAGGCCCAUACUUUUAUAUAAUAAUAAACACGUUGGUUAAAUUAAAAUGUAAACUUUGUGAAAGGCGGACUGCCGUCUCAGAAAACGUAACCAAGAUAGUGUUCCGUUACCACUAAGGAACCAUUGUCAAAGUGUCAAAAGGGUGGGCGGGUAAAAUCUUUGACAUUUAUCCAAUAUACAUGUACGGUACACAGGGUGUCAAUUGGAAAAUGGUCAUCUAUUAGUGCUAACGGUGCCAACCAAAAUCAAAACCAUGACUCAUAAUCAUAAGUUUCAAGUUAAUAUUUUUAUAACAGAUCACCCUUCAAAAACAAAUCAAAAUAUAUAAUUUAUAGAUUUGGUUUUCUUUUUCUCGAAAAGGGAAGUUGUAUGAAACAUUUUCUUAGGCUACUGAAUUUCUCUUCAUUCGUUAUCAAUAUAUUUUGAACCCAAAUGUUUUAAAUAAAAUUAAUGUGAAUGUGCAAGGUUUUAAAUUCUGUAUUUAUCAUUUAUUCCUACAUUCGGGGCUUAAAAACAUUUUGUCGCUGACUAUAUAACUCUCUAUAAUUCUACAUGUUUACGUCGUACCCUUUUCAAUAACUCCGAUAAUAUAAAGGAAGAUGGUGGCUCUGAUCACAUUGUAUAUUAUAUUUGCCUUUAGAAGCCACAGAAUUAUCAUUAAAUUACAUUCAAACCAUUACUACACACCUACAUAAGUUUGCAAAAUAUUAAUAUGAAACAGAAAUUUAUAAUAAUACCACCUCGAGACAAAACGGACGAAAUAGCCGACUACUUCAUUCCACCUCUCUGAUUUGUACUUCGACCGCGUGUCUUCCCCAUUUCAUUUCUGUAAUUCAGCCCUAAAUUUUACAAGCUUACGCAUUGUACUACAUGUAUAUAAGUAAUGUAGCAAUACUGUUUUAAAUUACAACAGUAAUUAAAUAACUGUUACAUCUGGCACUAGACACAUGCAUUUAAUUAACGAUAAAUCUGGAGUCUUAGACAACAAUCUAACAUUUAAACUAUUCCAAAUGUCCAUUUGAGUAUUGACAAUAUUCUGGUAUUAAUGCCGUGCUCUUUCUAAAGAUGAGGUGCAGUCAUUGGUUAUAGAGAUAUUUAGUAGCCAAAUUUAAGGAUACAGUCAGAACAGACAAACUUUAUGUUUCAAUUUGACUUUUAUGAAUGAAGAUGUCAGUCAGAGAUAAAGCGAUAUACAUGUACGGUCCCCAAACAAAAUUUUCCCGACCUUUUAAUACUGGAGACUAAAAGAUAUUCUAUUUAUUCCAUGUAUAUUAUAUUAUAUAUAUAAGAGAUUGUAAAGGUAUAAAAUACACUUUAUUAUGUAAAAACUGAUAUUGCUCAUUGUGUCAAACUAUUCAUGCUCUGGUGAUAUUUGUCAUUUGUUAAACGACAAGAGAAUAACAUAAUAUUAAAGUAUUAAAUAUAUUAUAAAUAAAUCCAAGAUAUUAAACUUUGCCUGGCAAUAUUUGAAAUAAAGAG